AUGGCUGACCUUAUCGGAGGCGGCGCCGCCGCUUCCAAUGGCAAUGCGUCCACCCCUUCUCGCCGCCCAACUGGCGCGCCCAACCCGACCAGCUCGCCUUCCGGAAUUCGUGGUCCUAGAAUGAUCAUGCAGGAGCGAGCUGCCAGAGAGGCCGCCCGACAGAAAGCCGAGCAGGAGCAGAUGCAAUUGGAGAGACAGCGAGCUGAGCAGGAAGCUCGUUUAUUGGAGGAGACUCAGAGACGGAAUGCGGAGCGCCGCGCUGCCGCCGCCGCCGCUACUGGCGCUGCCGGAGGAGGAUCUGGUGGCGCUGCCAACGUGCCCCAGCCAGACCCCACCUCCCAACGGCGACCCGUAGCCACCGAUGCCCCACAGUCCCGGCCUGUUGCGGGAGGAACCUCCCGCCAACCGGCGACAACACAGCCUCAAACCCGGCAUACCCGCACAACAUCAGGCUCUCACGUCGGCCAGCAACAGUACAGCACCAACCCUCAGGCCGGUACCACGCAGCAGCCUGCAACUGCCACUCAGGGAGGCCAGGAGACGACCGUCGCAGGAUCCAGACCCAGAAACUCCUUCCCCCAUGCUUUCGAGCGCUGGGAGACCUUGUCUGCCCAUUGGGAGGGUCUGACUAGCUUCUGGAUCAGGCGUUUGGAGCAAAACAACCAGGAUAUUGACCGUGACCCCGUCAACCAGGCCCUUUCUCGUCAGGUUACCGACCUUACCGCUGCAGGUGCAAACUUGUUCCAUGCUGUCGUCGAGUUGCAGCGUCUCCGUGCCAGUUCCGAACGCAAGUUCCAGCGCUGGUUCUUCGAGACCAGAGCAGAGCUGGAGCGAAGCCAAGAAGUCAAUGCCAUGCUGGAGCGAGCCCUUGAAGAUGAACGACGUGCUAGAGAAAACGCCGUUCAGGCCGCCAUCCAGAAGGAGAGAGUCACCUCGGCUAACGAUGAACGCGUCAAAGAGAUGAAGAAGGAGCUUCAGAUCUCCAAGGAGGAGGCCCGUCGCGCUUGGGAAGAGCUCGGACGCCGUGAGCACGAGGAGAGAGAAAGAACCCAGUCUCUGCAGAGCGGCCAGCCCACUAUUGUGGGCGGUGUUCAGGUUGUGCCCAUGACCCAAGGUGUACCCAGUCGCCACGGCAGCUCUCGUGAGCAGCGCGGAUAUCAGACCGACUACAGCGGCCAGCAGAGCGGCUACACGGGCGAGUACUCACAAAGCGCAGCCAACCCGCCUGUCACCUCGAGCCCUGGCGGCAAUUUCUAUCCAUCUGGCGACGCAGGCCAGGAAGGCGUGAGCUACACCGGUGCUGGCUCCGAAGGCGGUUACAGUGAAGGUGAGUACACGAUUGAUGCACAGGGCCAGUUUGUUCGCGAUUCGCAGGGAAACAAAGUUCCCUUCAUUGCUCCGCCUUCCCCAGUUUCUGACGAGGGACUAGAAGAGUACGAGACUCCUGCGACCAACCCUCCUAGCGCCGGCUAUUCACAGACUCCGACGACCACAGCUGGCGGUCAGCAACAGGGCACUCAGGACUACUCCGGCUCAGGCUACGCCGCCCCGGGCUGGGAGACCGUUCCCAGACAUCAUCACCCGACGCGCCUGAGCGAUGUUAUGGAAGAAGAGGAUGAGCGAAGCCGUGCCAGCAAUAGCCAGGUCGGACGUCACUAG